AUUAAACAAGGAACAUGUCGGGAAAGGAGUCCAUUUUAUCUACAAGUGACCUGGAUUCUAAGGUGAAAGUGAAAUUGCAAGAUCACCUUAAUAAUACCUUUCACCAUUUGGAUUAUCGCAGUUCAUUACAGAAGCAGGCCAUCUUGGCUGCUGUGAAGGGAAGCCAUGACGUGUUUGUAUGUAUGCCAACCGGUGCAGGCAAGUCACUAUGCUACCAGUUGCCUGCUGUUCUUGCUGAGGGUAAAGUAGCUGUUGUUGUGUGUCCUCUCAUUGCUCUUAUCAAGGAUCAGUUGGACCAUCUGAAGAAGCUUAAGAUACCAGCAGCCACAAUCAACAGCAAAAUAACUUCUACUGAAAGAAAGAAAGUUAUUGAUGAUCUUCGGUCUUGUAAGCCUGAUACCAAGCUGUUGUACAUCACUCCUGAACAAGCAAACACUUCCACAUUUCAGAGCUUAGCAGAACACAUGAGUCGACACAAGAAAGUUUCGUACAUUGUGGUUGAUGAAGCCCAUUGCGUGAGCCAGUGGGGUCAUGACUUCAGGCCCGACUACCUGAAGCUCUCACAUCUACGACGCAUGGUCCCUAGAGUGCCUUGGAUAGCUCUUACUGCCACAGCAACAGCCCAGGUGACUGAGGACAUUGAACAUCAGCUGGCCCUCCGAGAUCCUGUGCUGCGAUUUAAAGCCUCUUCAUACAGGCGUAAUCUUUUCUAUAGUGUCAAGUUCAAAGAAGUUCUUGAUGAUCCCUAUGCAGACCUCAAAGAAUUCCUUGCUGAAGCUCUUGGUGGUGAACUCUCCCACAGAACUAAAAAAUCUGGCUGUGCUAUAGUGUAUUGCCGCACUCGCAACGCUACUGAAGAAGUGGCUGAAGCUCUCAGCUACCGAGGGGUACCAACCAAAUGCUACCAUGCAGGCCUGAAGGACAAGGAGCGAGCUGAGGUGCAGGACAGCUGGAUGAGAGGCGACGUGCCUGUCAUUACCGCCACCAUCUCCUUCGGCAUGGGCGUGGACAAGGCAUCAGUCAGGGCGGUGGCGCACUGGAGUGUCCCCCAGAGCAUGGCUGCGUACUACCAAGAGUCAGGCCGUGCUGGCCGGGACGGCAAGCCUGCGCAGUGCCGUAUCUACUACAGCAGAAAAGAGCGCGGCAUCAUCGAGUUCUUGAUGAAAAAAGAUGUAUCAAAGGCAAAAACUUCACGGAAGGAAGAUGUCGGGAAAGCUGCAUUAAAAGGCUUUUUUGAAGUCAUAAAAUUUUGUGAAGAUCCAAAUUGUCGGCACUACAGUUUCUGUAAGCACUUCGGCGAGCAAGGUGGACUGGACGGGGGAGUGGGCAGCUCCCGCACAUGUGGCAGCCACUGCGACUACUGCACCAACACCAAGGGCGUGGAGCAGCUCAAGGUCGCGUUUAUGGGCGCGUUGCUGCGUAAGCGCACUCCCCUGUUCACCGGACCCUCGCCUCGCUACCUCGGCCGCGAGGACAACGAACUUUAUGGAGGGGGCAGAAGGGGGCAAAAAAGGGAAGCGGAAUGCUAUAACGAGGACAACGACUUCGACAUUCGAGAUUUAGAACAUUCCGAGAAGAUCCGGCGCACGGCUAUUAUCUCUGAGCAGUUUGCUUUAAGACGCAAAGGGAGAGCGAAUGAGACGCCUGAGCACGGUAACAGCGCCAGAAAUUCGGCCAAUGAAACAAAUUCAGGAAAAAAUAAGAGCAAGAUAGCGGAGAAGCUGAGGGCAGAGGAGGAGCUCAAGGAGCAACUUAACAGAACCAAGCUGAGAGCAGCUGAGUUCACGGCCAUCAAGAUUGCUGGACUCACCAUUUAUACUCGUGAGAGCUACCUGGCGCUGCUGCAGCAGGCGCUGGAGCAGAACAGCGAGCUGAGCAGCGUACGCUGCCGUGACCGCCAGCAGCUCCUGAGUCCCCUGGCCGUUGAGUGGGAGUAUCUAGCCUACAGCAGCACUGCCGUCAAGAUGAUGUACCAGAAGAACAUGAUGGAUAGGAUCAAGAAAUUGCGGGAGUCGACCAAAAGUUUUCAAGUUAAUGCCGAGGUGCAAGAUCUCCUGGACAAGCUGGAGCGAGGAGAGAUUGCUCUCGCACCGCAGCAAGAGCAGCGCGCGGACAGAGCAAUCACUGACUUCUAUGCUCCGUCCAAGCGACGUCGUGGCGAGAACCAAGAUCAGCAGGAGAAGAGUGACAAAGAGACCACAGAAACAAAUGAUAUGAAUCAUGUUGAAAAAAUGGAAACGUCCAGCUCAGACGAAGAUAAUGACAAGUCCGUUAAGCUCACGCUAGAAUGUAAGAAAGAAUCUGAGAAUGAUGGUACAAGUGAAAAGGAAGAAGAUAACAUUAGUAACAUGGAAACAACCUCAUGCACUCGUUCAAGGAGGAUGUUGAGCUCUGAUGAAGACAGCGAUGACUUACGAGCGAGCGCCGCCUCCUCUACGGAUGUAGACUCCGCUGGAAGCUCGAACUUCAAUCCCUGGUUUGGUGAUGAUGCAUUUGAAGAUGCCGAUGACUAUGAUAUUGAUAAAGAUGAUGCCUCGGAUCGUCUCGAUGAUGUCAGUAAUUCCAAGCUUGUAGGCAAGUGCAAAGUGGGUGAUGAGAAGUCAUUGGGAGAUACUAAUAACGAGCUCUUCAUGAAAACACAAACAUCUUGUUUAUCGUCUAGCGAAGCGGGCGCUGAGGGGCAACAGACGGACAAUAUUAACACAUCUUUGUCUUCAAGUGACGAUUCAAUGCCGCUCAAUAAGACUCAGGAGAAAAAGGCGCCUGACACAGACGCGACUGAGGAAAAAUAUUACUAUGAUUCUAUGGGUGUACUCCGUAUUUCUGGUGGAAAUUUAGCAAGUGCCAAACUGCAAGAAGAUGAAAGUAGUGUAGAUAGUUUUGAAGGCUCAAAAAAUACGUCUUCUGAAAGCGUUAGUAGUUUGCUGCAAUAUAAAGACACAACAAGAGAAACGUUCAAGAGAAACAAUCAAAGUUACCACACAUUGAGUAGCAGUAGCAGCGAACCUCCUUCACGUCACACAAGCGUUGAGAAAGAAUUGCCUGAUACAACAGCUCGUAAUGAGGUUUUUGGCCAUGAGUCAGAAGCCUUUACAACAUGCACAAAAAUACAAGGAUUUUUUUCACCCCAUGCUAACAGUUUGAAGAUAAAUAAUCUCCCUUGUAUUGGUGAACAAGCUCUGAAUGGGUUAGUAGGAGUAACUCAAUUCAAGUUAUCUAAGACGACUGAUCCUGAUCGGCUGGUUGAGCUGGGCAAAUCUGCUGAUUCUGUGAAAGGAUUUUGUUUAGCAUCUCAUGUGCUUUCUGAUAGAUGUGAAGAUGAGAAAAGGGAAAACGCUAAGCGUAAAAAUUCCAAUGCUGUCACUUCCGUUAAGAAACGACCCAAGCUUGAGCAGGUUAAAGCUCAGAAACUAAAGUUGAUUGAUUUAUUUGACGUAGAUUCUUCUUGCGAUGAAAGUGACAUCAGACUUAAGGAGAAGAAAAAAUUGGGCCCUGACGAGCGUCGUAAAAAGGAAACCUCGAAAUCUUCGAGUUUGAAAGAACGUCCCAUCAGUCGAGAAGCUGUUGAGCGUAGUUCUCAGAAGCAGAAAAUUAUCAUAUCGGAUCAAGCCGACCAUCUCGGUUCAACGCGUACUUCUCAUCGUAAAAUUACAGAUCAGAGACCGCGUAGUGAAGUGAAAAAUAUUCAAUCUCAAAAAUCUUCACCGGAUCUUGUCUGUAAAGAAGGACUGGCGAAGCCUGGGAAAGUUGUUGCAGCCUCACAGAACGUUGACAGCCGAAGUAACGAUGUUGUCAGACGGGAACAAGUAAGUUUAAGUGAGAAUCAUAACCACAAGUCGGAGAAAAACACAAAAAUUGUCAAGUUAGACAGUAAAAUGGAGAAAAAUACUUCUACUCGCGCGGCAGAUCGACAGCCUAAAAAGUUAAUGGAGAUCGAUUUAUUUGCCCAGUCUUCUAUUUCUGAUGAAGAGUUGAUGGACAUCACUCGUAGUAUGGACAAGAAAAUGGCUCGGUCGCAUAGCCAGAAACAACUGCCGGAGCCUGACAAGCAAAGCCACGGGAAAAAGAAAGAUAUUAGACUGAAUAAUGAGCUUGGUACUAAUAAUACUGUUGCUCAAACUUGUGUGAGAAGCACUAUCGUCCAAGACAAGAAUAAAAAUCAAUCGGCAAAUAAUUUCGUUGAAAGCAAAGAAAAGAAUCUUCCUACUCACUCAAAAGUCAAGUCAAGUGAAAGGCCUUUACUAGACGCCAUUGAUAAACACGCCACUUCAACUGUGAAAACAAAUAGCAUAGAAAAUUCGAUGUGGAGUCACAAUGAAUCUAAUCCAAAGAAGUGCCGCUCCAGGAGCCCAAGUAAUAAGGUUCAAAAGAAUUUAACUUCACGCUCGCAUGUGUCGAGCUCAGAGACAUGUGGUGACAGCAAUAGUUCAGUUGCUAGAAACAUGAACCAAUCGCACGUGAAAAGAAGCUCGAAAAUUAAUGAUACGAAACAAGGCAAUAGUGAAACGAUUACCCAUCACAGCUCUGCGGUAUCCGCUUCGAAAUGUGGAAGUAGCAGCAGCAAAAACAAGACGGUUAUUCCAGUGAAACUGAAGACCUUCGAUUUGUUCGCUGGCAUCGAGGAACCCGAGGUCUCAUCUGUUAAAAAAGUUUUGAAGUCUAAAUCAGAGAAGAAAAAGUCUUCAGGUGCAUCUGGAAAUGAUUGCAAAGCAUCCCUUGGCAAUGUAUCUUCAAGUAAAAAUGUUCACUGUAAAGCUGGCAAGUUGAAGGAUCUUUUUGACAUGAGUGAAGAUGAUCUCACCGACGAAGAUGAAGAAGUAAUUCCUAAACCAAGAGUUGAUGUCACGGAAAUGACUCAAAGUAGAGGAACUUCCAUCAGUCCACGCGCCGAACAUUCCUCCGACAGUUCAGAUAACGAGCAUAAAACAGGACGUGAUUCUGUUGCUAAUGUUUCACCUGAGAUUAAAAGGUCUACGUCUUCUACCGUCACCGUUGAUGCAAAGCAUAACUUUUCUUUUAUUCACAAGAAAAAGGAUAAGCUACCUAUGGUGGAUGGAACGAAAGAAAAACAUGAAUUUCCUACUUAUGAGCCUAAAGUUAAGCGAGUCAGUCAUUACAAUUCAAAAACGGAUAAAAAUACGAUCAAUGUAUCCCUGAAUAAGUCAAAGUGCGCUACUUCGAGUAAACGGGAAGAUGAAGCGUUCCUGACUCGUGAAGGCAACAGCCAGGGAGACAACUCGCUUAGUAGUAAGCCGCCAAAUUCUACGAAAAAAAUUAAGAAGAAAGACAGGUUUUCUAAAAACCCAGUCGAGAUAACCUGCCAUGCUAAAGAAUCCCCUGAUAACGAUGAAGUUCUGAGCUUGGACGAUCAUGAAACUGUACCGCAAUCAGUGGCACCUUCAGGCACCGCGUGCUCCUCUGUUCCAGCGACAGUGUCUUCAAAUUCUAUUCCCAAUAACGUUAUUCCAUUAAUUGAUCUUGGCAGCGGUGAUUCCGUUAAAACUCAGGUGGGAGAAACUACACUCAUACCUGAACUUGAUGUAAUUAAUCCAAUUCAACUUCCCAUUGAUGUAAGCGCUGCCAAACCCACUGAAAGUUCCAGUGUUGCUUCCAUUCAAUUAAACGGCCGGAAUUCCAGUGUAAACCUAAAGAAGGUGGUGGCUGACGCUGUAGUGAAGUGUCUCACGCCUCGCUACAAGAAAGGCGAAGUAAGCAGCAAGGAGGUUUUCAAGAUAUUGGCUAGACAUCUCACCAGUAAAGUAUUGUCUACUCCUGGCGCGACCGAACAGCGUUCAAGAGAAGCUGCUGUUGCACACUACGCAACGAAAGUUUUCGAUAGAAGUAAAGGCGUUGUUAGUUCUGAGGAACUAAUUGUGGCUGUGCUCUCAUAAUAAAACAAUUGCGUCUAGCAAGUUGUUAAAGGAAAAUAGGUCCCAGUUACAGUAAAUUUAGUUUUCUUGAUAUUAUUCAUAAGCUGGCCUUAUAUUUUGAUCGUGAUGGAAUUUCUGACAGUAAUUUUUGGAAAUUGUUGGGGAUUCUUCAUAGCUUUGUAUUUUUGUAGCGAAAGAUAGGUUAGCUUGAGGUUGUGUAUUAAAUUCAACCGAUUCAUGCUCUAGAUUUAUAGUUGGUGCUAAUCGUAUAUCAAUAUUGGCUGUACUACCAUUACUGUUAACUUAUUCAAUAUAUUGUUGAAUUUACUCCCGCUAUUUCUCUUACUGUUCAUUAGUGCUGUGAUGCUGCAUAUUUAUUCUCUUAAGUUAGUGCAGGUAUUUUUAGGCAGUUAGGGUUUUAUUAUAGAAAUUUGCAACUUGAUUGGAUUUCGGUGGAAAUAAAUAUAAUGUUGAAUGUAUGUUCUUUGCCUUCAAUGCUUGCCACAAUAUGUUUGGUACAUGCCUUUUUGAGCCGUGAUUUAUGUUCACGGAAAAUUAGAUUUCAUCAAAAUUUAUAUUCAGGAGGGUUAAAGGGAAGGGACUUAUGCACAUAUCUAUGUUCCUUAGCUGUUUGCUCUCAUCAUCAUCUUGAGUUUUUCCUUGUGUCGUAAUGCAUUAUACAGUCUGUUUGUGUGGGUGUGAGCAAUGUCGUGUGUAUAUAACAAUUAGUGUUUUAGUCGCAAACUCUGAUGAACAUAUUUCUGAUGUGAUGCUUAAGGCCAGUUAGUUUUUUUCGAUAAACUUCGAACCGAAGUGAUGUAGAUGAACGCUUGUAUGCUGAAUGCAGCAGCAGAUGAUUUUGACCAUGAUUGAACUAGUAUAAGGUUGACCCAUCAGAAGCCCAUCUAAGCGGAUGUAGUUUGUUUUACGCCUGUGACGUCACUGAUCUCAGUGAUGUCACGGCCAUUAACAAUUCACAGAAAUACGAGCAAACCAGUCAACCAAUCCGUCAUGGGAAUGACGGGUUUGCU